AUCAAAGCAUUAAGUUGAGAAGAAUGUUCGUGGGUAUUUUCAUAGUGUUGACUGAUUCGUACACGUGUAUGUUCUGUAAAAAAAAAAUAUACAAAAAUCAUAAGUGUUGAUCAAUAAUUAUAAUCGUCGAUCAGUAAUGGAUAACAGAAAAAUGAGUAAGAAACGCAGACGAAGGGAUUAUAAUGGUGGAGUAAGCGGAGGAUCUACUGGAUCUUCACAAGAAUCUAUUACAGAUAAAUCUUGCCCUCAUCUGAACAAAGCAUUCAUUUUUAAUAGUAUCAAAAAGCAUACAAAAAGGACUGGCAUACGUGCUGAAUGUUUAACUUGUAAAAAGGAAAAGACUUUAAAGGAACAUACAAAUGAGACAGAACAGUCGGAUGUUGAUAUUUGGAUAUGUUUGCUAUGUGGUGAACAAAAUUGUGGAAUAAAAAAUGAGCGACAUUCUCAAAAGCAUUAUGAAAAGCCUCACAGUGAUAGUCACUAUAUUGCAAUAAAUAUAAAUGAUUGGAAUAUAUGGUGUUAUAGAUGCUCCAAAGAAAUAACCCUCGAGCACAGAAGGAAGACGGAGUUAGUAGAUUUUAUACAAAAAUCUUUAUUGAAAUCACCGACAAUUUCUCAACAAACCAAAGCGACUGCAGCUAAGAAUCAAAAAGUAGUAAAUAAUGUAAAUAAUGUAAAUAAUGUAAAUAAUGUAAAUAAUGUAGAUAAAGAUAAAGAGAAAGGACUAAACUUGCCGAAAGUUAUGGGUUUACAUAAUUUGGGAAACACCUGUUUUUUCAAUGCUGUACUUCAAUGCUUAGCAAGAACACCAUACUUAGUUAAAGUAUUGGAUGAUUUAUGUACACCAGGAGAAAAAAUUAUUCUACCUGGAGGAAAAUUUAAGCCUGACCCUAAUGGAGACGAAGUAGAAUUGCCACCUAUAGAGGGUGAAUUAGAAGGAGGUGGUCAGUUUACUUCGAUUCUGUGUAAAACAUUAACAGAAAUGCAGAAUUGUACUUCCCAACAGUCAUUUAGUCCACAAGAGCUUCUAAAUACAUUUAAGAAAAAAGCUAUGCAAUGUAUGGACGGUGGACAACAUGAUUCUCACGAAUUACUUAGACAUUUAUUAGAAUUAGUACGGAAUGAAGAUGUCAGGAGGUACCAAUCCGUUAUAAUGAAAGAGCUUCGUUUAAGUAAAAAAACAAUACCGGAAACUGUUGAAAAUAGCAUAAAAGCAAAAGUGAAAUUCUAUGGUAAUCAAGUAAAUACAAAAUUACUUGGUCCAGAACCAGUGUUUAUGGGUGUUUUAGUAUCAACUUUGGAAUGUAUGAAGUGUAAUCAUUCUUCACAAUGUACUGAACCAUUCCUAGACUUGAGUUUACCAGUUGCAGCGGAUAAGCCACAACCUCCUGUAUUUAAAAGAAAAAAUAACGGUUUAGAUGAAACUUUUGAUAUAACGGGUAACAGUUAUCCUAAUACUGUAUCAAAACAACAAUUAAAAAAGGAAAGAAAGGCUUCUAGAAAAAAUAGAAAAAAUAGAAAUAUUACUGCUGACUAUUAUUACAAUGAUAUAAUAAAACAUAAUAAGAUUAUUGAAGAAAAUGGUGUAUUAGAAUCAGAGAGCGAUGCAGACAUAGAAGAUAAUGUAGAAGGUGAGAAUACAAUGGCAGAAGUUGGAGAAUCUGGAUAUAGUUCAGAGAAAGCUUCAGCUGUUGCUAGUCCUAUAUCUCCUACCAACAAUCAAAUUGAUAAUCAAAGAAGAAUGUCAUCUGAAACUCUUAAUGUAUCUAGAAAGAACAGUUUAGUUUUAAAAUCAAUAGAUAAUUUGAAGACUCCUUUAAAUAACGAUACCGUUACUGUCAGUGCCUUAAACAAUUCUAAUCCAUCUGACGUAUCAAUGGCAGAUAUAACAAAGAUACGACUUCCUUCGGAAGCUGAAAAAAUUGAAAAUUUAGAAAGUAAUGAAAAUGAGAACAAUGGACGCACAGAACUAUCUCAUUCCACAUCCAUAAUAAUUCAUUCUGAAUUAACUAGUUCUGAUGUUUCAACUGUGAGUCCCUUAAGCAGUUCUAUAACAUCAAAGGAUAGUCCUAUGAGUCCGUUGUCUAAUAUGCCAAAUGGAGAUGAAGGUGAAAAAAUAGAUAGGCUACUCUUUGGAUUAGAUAAAACUGAUUCUAGUACAAAUAUAGAAACAUCAUCAGCUUCAGUUGUUAAAACAACCUUUACGACCGAACAUAAUGAAAAACAUACGAUAAAUUGUAAUUCAGAAAAAGAAGUUAACGUUGGUAUUAACGAUAUAACAUCUGGACUUUCACGAUUGGGUAUAACAAAUAGUACACAUCAUUCUCCAACGAAAUAUCCUAGAAAAGAAGAAGAAUAUUCGAUAGGAUCCUGUUUAAAUCAAUUCACAACAUUAGAACUUAUGAGUGGCAGUAACGAAGUAGGAUGUGAACAAUGCACUGAAGCAGAGAAAAAGAUUAAAGUAAACUGCACAAAAAUGAUAUGCACGCCUCACACCAAGCAGUACCUUAUAUCACGUGUUCCACCGGUCUUGAUUUUACAAUUAAAAAGAUUUCAAGCGCAAAGAGUUACUUUUCGUAAAGUGACAAGGCGUGUCGCAUUUCCACUUGUAUUUGAUUUAUCGCCAGUUUGUAAAAAUAGUAGGAAACAACGAUUCUAUGCUCUUUACGGCGUAGUUGAACAUUAUGGUUCAACGAUAGAUGGAGGUCAUUAUAUUGCUUAUGUCAAAACAAGAGCACCAUUAAGUUCAAAUGAUCCACGAUGGUCGUUCUUACCUAAAAAAGAUGCCAAAGAUGUUGUCGAGGAGAUAUCUAACGAUAAAAAUCCUGAAUUAGAAGAAGCAACAGCCAAAAUCGCGGAUACAAUACCACCACCACCUCCAGGCAAAUGGUAUUCUGUUUCCGAUGCACGAAUAAUAGAAGUUGAUGAAUCUACUGUACUCCGCUGUCAAGCUUAUCUCCUAUUUUAUGAAAGGAUUCUCUGAAAAUUAUUUAUUAAUUUAAAAAUCUUGAACUUCGUUUAGAAACUAAUGUUUCCGUGAACUUGAUAUAUAUAUAUAUAUAUAUUAUAUAUAUAUAAUUUUAUUGUUAUAUAUAUAUAUAUUUUUAAGUUAGGAAAAUUUAUAAAAUAUUUAAGAAAUAUGUGCUCACAAAUAUUUUAACUAAAAUAUUAAGAAGUUGAGAAAAAUGAGAAGUAUUAUUUAUAAAAAAAAAAAAAUAAUAAAAAAAAAAUAAAAAAAAAAAGAAUAUGUAUUGUGAGCUAGAACUAUUUAAAUAGUUUGUAUGAAAGUUAAAUAUUCAUAUAUACUUUUGUGAAAAUGAACUAUGUAAAUGCAUUUUUUCUUAAUAGAUAAAGAGAUUAUAUAAUUGAACGAACUGCCAGGUCCAUAUACCAAAUAUACUCUCUUUCCCUCUCUCCAAAAACAUUUUAACUAAAUUUCUUAUUGUGUUUGAUUAAACUUUUACAUUGAUUUUUAUUCUUUUCAAAAAAGUCUUAAAUUAAUGUUAACUAAUAACUAAAACUUUCAUGUGUCAUUUUCAUAAAAUGUUAUUUAAAAUAACAUAUAUGUAUAAAUUAUUGUAGAUAUUAAAGAGGAAUGCUCUUUCUUGUAUGUAAAAUCUAUGUUCCUUGAAUUUGUGUAAUUGCAUUUAUAAUAAAUGUAUAAAAAAAAAAAAUCGUUUUUAAUGCAAACUUAAAUUCCCCGUGUAUACCAUUUUCUGAUAUUAGAUGAUGAUAUUUUGUGUGUGUGUGGCAUCUAAUAUCUAGCAUAUAUGUCUCAUUAAAUAGAAAAACAUUUAAUUCACAGUCCAUCCGUAAUAACAGUGAUACAAAUUUGUUAUACAUAUACAUAUGUUAUACAUAACAUAUACAUAUAU